UCUUACUUUAUCUAUGCAAAUAAACUUCCGGUAUGAUCCGGAGAAUCAUCAAGUUGUCAACAAUAUCCAUUCCUUUGCUAUGUAUUGGAACUGAAUUUACUUCCUGGACUCAAAAUUGUCAUCAGAAUUAUCAGAAUGGAUACUGUUGACAGCUUCUCCUGAGGCCACUACUAUCAUCAGUCUUGUUUACUCAGAAUUCUAUUGAGAUGGAUCCAUCGAGUAGUCCUGGUGAUCUCGGUGCAGACCCUCUCAUCCUUGAAAAUGAUGGCAAACAGUUUGCUUAUCAAGCAGUGGAAAAUGACAAAGCAGGAAGAUAUGACACAGCCAUGUUCUACUACAAUGAAGCAGCUCAGGCACUUCUGUCCGCAGCUCUGGCUGGUUCAACCAUGGCAGGCAUCAUCACUCGCGCCAACGAAUACAUCCUCAGGGCAGAGGCUCUGAGAUCAAAUCUUCAAGCAGCACCAGCAAAUCAGGGACAAAAAUCUCAAGAAAAGAUGGAUCUGGAAAGGGCGACAUUUCUUCUACAGCAAGCUUUUGAUGAAGAUGAAGCAGGAAAUGAGACAGAGGCUAGAGAACUAUAUACAGAGUCCUGUGAUCUGUUCCUCAACAUUAGGAAGGCAGCCAUGGAAAGGAAAGACAAGGUCCUGACAGAUAAAGUCACAGUCCUGGCAACUAAAGCACUAGAAAGAGCUGAAGAAUUAAAGAAAAAGGAGGACGGACCUGCAAAGAGCCCCAAACCAGUACGGACACCACAGAACGAGGGUAGAGUUAUCCCCCCUUUGGGAUAUGGGGCAUUUCUUGAUGAUGAAGAUGAGAAAGGCACGCCACAGGUUACACGUCAGAAUGUGAGGCCACAGGGUCAGCCCUCGACUACUGGACUUGUGAAUGUGGGCCCCUCGGGAUAUACAAAAGAGGAGAUCGCCACCAUCAGGAAAACAUCCUUCAUUAAUAGCCGGGAAUAUGUGCCUUUUAUGAGUGUCGACAUGAAGGAGAAAUUCGCCUACCCUAUGCCUUUUGAAGAUCGACAUGGAAAACUAAGCCUAUCUCCGAAACAAAAGAAGAAUUUAUCCGGAUGGGUACGACCAGAAGAUUUCCAGGAUGAGCCCAAAUUAAUUCUGGCUAUUUCCUGUUUCAGCAUUAAGCAGACCAUCGUAUCUGACUGCAGUUUUGUAGCGUCUUUGGCCAUAAGCGCUCAGUAUGAACGCCGCUUCAAAAAGAAGUUGAUCACCAGUAUAAUCUACCCUCAGAACAAACAGGGACAGCCUGUGUAUAACCCAUGUGGCAAGUACAUGAUCAAACUUCAUAUCAAUGGCGUCCAGAGAAAGGUUGUAAUCGACGACUUCCUGCCUAUGGGACGGGAUGGCCAACUGCUGUGUUCCUUCUCUAACAAUAGAAAUGAGCUGUGGGUGUCGCUGCUGGAGAAGGCUUACAUGAAGGUGAUGGGAGGCUAUGACUUCCCCGGGUCUAAUUCAAGUAUAGAUCUACAUGCUCUGACUGGCUGGAUUCCUGAGAGGGUAGCACUACGCAAAAAGUCUAAGGAAUUUGAUGCUGACAGAGAAUUCAGACGUAUAAUAGAUCGCUUCCACAAAGGCCACUGUCUCAUCACUGUAGCUACAGGGGAACUGUCGGAAGAGGCUGCAGACCGUGCUGGACUUGUGCCUACCCACGCCUAUGCUAUGUUAGAUAUACGCGAAGAAAUGGGGAAGAGAUUGCUCAUGUUGAAGAAUCCUUGGAGUCACUUGAGGUGGAAAGGCAAUUUUUCAGAGUCAGACAUGGCAAACUGGACUCCUCAGUUACAGAAACGCCUCAACUAUGACCCAAAGAGUGCUCAGACUUACGACAAUGGUGUUUUCUGGAUAGAUUAUGAUUCUCUGCUCCAUUUCUUUGAUGUCAUCUACCUCAACUGGAGUCCAGAACUCUUCAAAUACACACACUGUGUUCACUCUACUUGGGCAGCUAAGGAAGGUCCUAAAAAAGACUCCUAUAAUAUCAGUGACAACCCACAGUACAGAUUGGAGAUCAAGACAGCACAGCCUGCGGCCAUCUGGGUACUGUUGACCCGGCAUAUCACUGACAAGGAUGACUUUGCUGACAAUAAAGAGUUUAUCACUUUACUUGUGUAUAAGACUGGUGGCAAGAAAGUCUUCUAUCCCUAUUCACCGCCGCCGUACAAGGAUGGUGUGAGGAUCAACACGCCACACUACCUGUGUAAGAUGGUAGAGGAGAAAGGAAGUACCAGUUACACACUAGUCGUGUCACAGUACGAGAAAAACAACACUAUCCACUACUCACUACGUGUUUAUGCCUCCUGUGAGUUCACCAUGACCAAGAUAGUGGAUCCCUACCAGAAACAGUUCGACAAACGUGUAAGUUGGUUGUGUUACAGAUCAAUGGGACAAUGGAAGGGAAGAACUGCUGGAGGCUGUAGUAACUACAGUGACACCCAUAACUUCAACCCUAUAUACCAGAUACAGCUGGACAACAGCAUGGCCGACAACCACAUCAUGAUCGAACUCCUGGGACCAAAGCAAUACAGUGUUGGAUUUGAGGUGCGAUCAGUAAGUGAGAAUGUUCCGGGAGCUCCUGGGACAUUCACAAAGACGACAUCUGGAGAUUUCCGUCCUGGAUACUGUGUGUUACAGCUGGAAAGGAUAUCAGGGGGCGUCUACAACAUACAGCCCUGUACAUUCCUCCCCAAUCAGGAUGGGCCUUUUUUCUUAGACAUCAGUAGUGCAAAACACUUCACGGUGGCUCAAAUACAAUGAUCAAUGUUUACGUCCAUAUUAAAGAAUUGAUAGUCAUCUGAUAAAGUGUUAAAACACCUCACAGGCACGAAUACAAUAAUCAGUCUCUUCAUCCACAUUGUAGAAUUGACAGUCAACUGACAAAGUGUUCACACUUCACAGAGGCUUUACUGAAUGCAGUGACCACUGGCAAAGUGGCUACAGAGUAUGUGUCCCUGGCUGUGUUGUAAUCCAUUCACUAAACAUGUAAAGUGACCAUUAGGUUUCUUGUUUUGUCCUGAUUGGUACAUUAGCUAACACUUUAAAUGGUACAGUGUAUCAUUGUCUGGUACAGUGGCUGAUAACUAAGGUUUUGUUUUUUUGUGAGGAUAUCACCGUUGUCAAGUGAGGAGCUCGGUGUCACCAGGAACUCACAGUAACCAAGGAUCUCACUGUUGUUGAGGAGCUCAUUAUCAUCAAAAGAGCUCAGUGUCACCAAUUCAAGGAGCCCACUGCCAUCAAAGAGCUCAGUAACCAAGGAGCUCACUGUCACCAAGGAUCUCACUGUUGUCUAGGAGCUCAUUAUUACCAAAAGAGCUUAGUGUCACCAAUUCAAGGAGCCCACUGCCAUCAAAGAGCUCAGUAACCAAGGAGCUCACUGUCAUCAAGGAGCUCACCCACCAAAGAGUUCACUUUCAUCAAGGUGCUCAUUGUCAUCAAGAAGCUCACCUAUCACAGAGCUCACUGUUAUCAAGGAGCUCACCCACCAAAGAGCUCACUGUCAUCAAGUAGCUCAUUGUCAUCAAGUAGCUUACUGUCAUCAAGGAGCUCAUUGUCAUCAAGUAGCUUACCCACUAGAGAGCUCACUGUCACCAAGGAGGUCUUUGUUACUACAUGUAGGUGCCUAUUCAAUGACGUGAUAAAUAAUAGUGAAAGUUAGAAAUGUAAGGACAUAACUGAGGCCAUGAUUGAUUCUGAAUGUCUGAUGGAGACCAUUCCUUUUCACCUAAAGGUAGACAUGUAUAUGUAAAUUAGAAGAGUGGUUUGAGAUGAUUUAGGAAAUCCCAACUCAGGCCAAAUUGCCUUCUUCUGUUUCAACUAUCUCUCAUAUUUAACAAAAUAAUAAUCAUUUGACACUUCAUCGCCACAUCCCCAGGACAACAAAUGCUAUAACGUGUUAACAUGACUGAGCACCAAGGAUCUCUAUGUCCAGGACACACGUGUCAUUGACUGUAUAAAUGUAACUGAUGGCAGUGCUAGGGUUACCCAACUUACUGUGAUAUAUAGGGGAGCGGCUAUUUCCUCUGCUAAACAUUUGUUGUAGAACUGCAUGAAGACAUUCUCACAAUUUUGAUGGAACAGAUGUAUGGUUCCUCGGUCUGCAGGCAGUCGGCUUCGGCCUGAUGUCGCUUCUCUAGCAAAGUAGAAGUAUGAUUAAAUUUUCUUCUGACAGCUAGCUUUGAAUAUUUUUUUAAUUAAUAUUAUCAUUUCCUGUUAAUUAUGGCUAGAAAGAAGGCAUGUUACGAUUCAUUUUCUUCUGGUUGGUAAGUACAAUGUAUUCAUGUUACGGGAUAUUUGUAUAUCAGAGAGAUCACAGUCAUCAAGUAGCUCACUAUCAUUGAGGAGCUCAUAAUUGUAGAUCACAACCAGUGCCUAAUUUUCUUGGUGAAUAUUGUGACUACACUUUCAGUCACACAAUAUAGUUGCAGAAACUCAUAGAAGGCUUCUUUUCUUUCCUUGAUGUCAACAGGUGAGAACAGAGUGAAGUUUAUGAACAUGAGGACACGUUUAACAAUUUGAAAAGGUAAAAUUAUAUGGUGAGAAUAUGCAAUACUAUAUGGUGAAGACAGGUACCUGUAAGAAUAUAUGAUGAGAAUACAUUAAACUAAAUGGUAAGGACAUGCAAAACUAUAUGGUGAACAUAGGUAAAACAAUAUGGUGAGCAUGAGGACAUGUAAAAUUAUAUGGUGAAAAUAGGUAAAACAAUAUGGUGAGGACAUGUAAAAUUAUAUGGUGAUGAUAGGUAAAAGUGUAUUGUAAGAAUAGGUAAAACAAUAUGGUGAAUACAGGUAAACUGUAUGGUGAUGACAGGUAAAAAUAUAUUGUAAGAAUUGGUAAAACUAUAUGGAAAGAACAGAUAAAACUAUAGGUCGAGAACGGGUAUAUCUAUAUGAUGAGAAUACCUAGUAGGUCGUUUGUAAUACAUACCUUGCAGGUUUGUCUGUGUUGUAAAUCGUUCUUUUGAGACAACGGGAUAUAUUAGUUGUAUAUCCAUGGCUUUAUUGUAAAAUGAAUUUGGAUCUAAAACGCAACAAAUUCACUGUAAAGUAGUAAGGUUUGAAAAGAAGCCUACAAAUAAAUAUUUUGAUAGCAUACCGUAAUAUUAAUAAUCUGAGAAAACCAAGUUCACACAAACUACUGCAAUUUCUUUUUUCAUCUUGCAAUGUUGAUUUAAUUUAAGUCGUUGCGUCCUAUUUUAACCAUAUGAGCACAUAAUUAUAUAAUUGAAUUAAGCCUCGACAUUUUAUUUUAAUAAUGUUAAGAUAACCUACCUGUCGAGCUAUAAACACUGGAACACUGGAUUUCCCCUGGUAGGAAUGUCUUCCCAAGCGCUGAAUUCAGGGUUUGUUAUCAUAAUAAAUCAUUUUGCUGCUUAAACAUCUUUAAUUUAUACACCCUUGUGUACCGUGUAGUAAAACACAUUAGAUUAGUGAAAACGAUGAAACAUAUUUUUGAAAAAUGUCCAGUUUCAUACCCUUUUCCAGUGGAGAUAGCCAUAUUGAUUGGAGUUCAGCUCUGGGCCGGUAUGAGAUACAUGUACAAAACAUACCACGAAUACUGACCAGUAAUAUGUCAGUCGUAUGCUUCAGGUUAGUAUUAUAGAAGAAA